UGUAAAGACAGCAAAUAGCGAGACCGUGUGAGCACAUUCCACUCUGCGCAAAGCAUGCACACUUUUUCAAUGUGCACAUGACAGCAGCAAGCAGAGAGAUUUUCUAGUGAGGACUUUUCUGCCUCUUAUAAUCAUAAUAAUCAUAAUAAUGCUCACUUGCCUGCACAUGAGCGCUGAAGAGUGAGUGCGCUCCGUGCACAUCUUUUCACAGCUGUCUUAUAAAUAGACAUUCUAUUUUUUUCUUUUUAAAUAGCUUCCCUUUCUUCUCUAAAAUUGGCUCCCGUACAAACUGCCGCGUUGGAUCCGUCGGCGUACUGCGAGACUCCGGUGUACAAUCCGGAUCUCUGCCCCAACAUGAUAGCCGCGCAGGCCAAGCUGGUGUACCACCUCAACAAAUACUACAACGAGAAAUGCCAGUCGCGCAAGGCGGCCAUCUCCAAGACCAUCCGGGAGGUGUGCAAGGUGGUGUCGGACGUGCUGAAGGAGGUGGAGGUUCAGGAGCCGCGCUUCAUCAGCUCCCUCAGCGAGAUGGAUAACCGCUUCGAGGGGCUGGAGGUCAUCUCGCCCACCGAGUUCGAGGUGGUGCUCUACCUCAACCAGAUGGGAGUCUUCAACUUCGUGGACGACGGCUCGUUGCCGGGCUGCGCCGUGCUCAAGCUGAGCGACGGCCGCAAGAGGAGCAUGUCGCUCUGGGUGGAGUUCAUCACCGCCUCCGGCUACCUCUCGGCGCGCAAGAUUCGAUCCCGCUUCCAGACGCUCGUGGCCCAGGCGGUGGACAAGUGCAGCUACCGGGACGUGGUCAAGAUGGUAGCGGACACCAGCGAGGUGAAGCUCCGCAUUAGGGACCGCUACGUGGUGCAGAUCACUCCCGCCUUCAAGUGCACCGGCAUCUGGCCGAGGAGCGCCGCGCACUGGCCGCUGCCCCACAUCCCGUGGCCGGGGCCCAACCGGGUGGCAGAAGUCAAAGCGGAGGGCUUCAACCUUUUAUCCAAAGAGUGCUACUCGCUCAACGGCAAGCAGAGCUCAGCCGAGAGCGACGCCUGGGUGCUGCAGUUCGCCGAGGCCGAGAACCGUCUGCUGCUGGGCGGCUGCAGGAAGAAGUGCCUGUCGGUGCUGAAGGCUCUGCGGGACCGCCACCUGGAGCUGCCGGGCCAGCCCCUCAACAACUACCACAUGAAGACUCUGGUCUCCUACGAGUGCGAGAAGCACCCCAGGGAGUCGGACUGGGACGAGAACUGCUUGGGGGACCGCCUGAACGGGAUUCUAUUGCAGCUCAUCUCCUGUUUGCAGUGCAGGAGGUGUCCGCACUACUUCCUCCCCAACUUAGACCUCUUCCAGGGAAAACCGCACUCGGCUCUGGAGAACGCCGCCAAACAGACGUGGCGAUUGGCGAGAGAGAUACUGACCAACCCCAAAAGCUUGGAGAAACUCUGAGGUAACACUAGAAGGUGACACUCCAUGAAGCAUAUUGUGGCGUAACGGCCACAUUUGCAAACCUCUUUAGGCGUUCCAUAACAUUUUUAAUGACAUUUUAUCGUUCAAAUGUCCCUCUGAUCGGGACACAUUUCCAAAAUGGCACGAACAUUUAGAAAAAACAUAUUUGGCCCCGAUUUUAAUUUUCCAAAGUAUGAAUAACGUUAAAAUUCCAUUGAAAAGACUUGAAAAAAACACACACACGCGAUGUACAUUUGAUACUGUAAAUGUGUUGAUAGGUUGUGCUUCCAGUGGUCUGAGAUUGUGAAUGUUGUUCUGUGACACCUGUUUAACCCUUAUUUGCUUUAUCUGCUAUAGAAAAACAAAACAUUAAUUUAUAUUUGCAUCAGUGCUAGUCUGUCCUCCUAUUCGUUUACAUUUUGAGUGUAAAAAAAACAAAAACAUUCCAUCAAUUUACUUGAAUUUUUAAUUUAAGGUACUUUUUACUUGCUGUUUUUUUAUUAUUAUUAUUAUAUGUUUCCUCUACCAUGCUUUUUAGGCCUACCUGAUUUUUUUUAAAAUGACGACAUAUAUAAAUAUAGUAAAUAUAUAUUACGUUCAAAUUGAAAAAGAAAUGCACUUGAAAUACACUGGAUUAUAACAUGUGUGAUCCUUUUUUUAAUUUGUCCUCCACUUAAUUUAAAGAGCUAAUAAAACGAGUUGUUAUAUAUUUGUUGGCUUUUUAUUGAACGUGUUUGUCAAAAGUUAGACUUUUAUAAUAACACGGGGAUGUCGUUUCAAUUCGUCAUUUCUAAUGUAAAUUCACCAAUAUUAUACACAAAACGUCAUUAAAUAAGGACAAUUCAUUUGCACAAAAUUACCAGCUGUAAUUGCACCUUUUUUAUAUGACCAAAACGGCGCGUAAUCAUAAUCAUGCUUACCUUUGGGCUGACCCGUUUGAAGGCUGGGUCGUCCUCGUCCACCUCGAAGUAGAUUUCGCUGGUCGUGAUGGACAGGGUCCCCCGGGCCACCAGGCCUGGCGCGACGAGCUGUGCCGGGCUGUUGAGAACAACCGGGCCUGCGGAGAGAAUGGCAUCACAUAAACGUCAUUUAAUAAAAAACAAAAUCUAAUAAAAAAAAAUCGAAUAAAUGCUGUAAUAAAAAAACAGUUUACACAGUUUAAAGAGAGACGGUAUUUUUGGAAUUUAGCAUAAUUCAAAUAAUCCUGAACAAAUAUUGUGCAUUAUAACGCCCCCAAAACAGUUAUAUUUCACAUAAGGAGUGUGAAUGAUGGGCAAUAUUUUCCCCAAAAGUGCCGUUCCCCUUUAAAUUAGCAGGAUUUGCAUUAUUAUUAAUAAAAACAAAACACAAAAACAUGCGCUGUUGCAGAAAAAAAUGCUAAUUCAACAUUAAACAAAUCUAAAUGCAACACGAUUCCCCCCAAAAAGGACAAUUUAAAAUGUGAUGCCGAAAAUGCAUCUUGCAAUCCAUACAAGUGAUGCCUUCAAGUUCACGUGAAGAGGCAUCUUAGAUGGUCUUAUCGCAUCUUUAUUGUUCAUCCUGGACCUUGCAGUGACACCGUGGCAUCUGUGGAAUCGGGAUAUUUAUCGAUCCCUUAAACUCAAGAGGAGCUACUUUAACGUGCCAUCAGUCUUCAUUUGCGUGGCAGGGCCAAUUAUGGCUGAUAGUGUUAUAGGAAUACAAGUGAAUUUGGGCUCUCUGAUCCCAUGAUGGAGAUGCACCCCUCCCCCCCACCCCACCAAUACAAACAUCCACCGCUCUAUGUCCCCUCUUAAGCAAAAAUCUGCUGGGUGCUACUUGCUGAUGCUAUCUGUUGUUAUGCUGGAGUGAAUAUUUGCACACACACAAACACGUCAUUGCAGUAUUUCACCUUGUAACAUGCAUGCUGUGACAUCAUUGGACGUAAUCCCAUUGUAAUCCCCUUGAUGGGAAGCAUAUUAUAUUUUAUUCUAUUAUUCACGUAAUGUGACUGUUAAAAGGUUAACGGUUUUGUGUGAUGACCAAAAGAGACAGACAGACACACACACACACACACACACACACAAGCCUGAAGCAGUGCAGCCACUGCUCAUGCCGAGUUAGAGGAUUAGGUCCCAUAAUCCCCUCAGAGAUCCUUUCAUAAUUAGGCGAUAUGGCAUUAAAAUGUUUACACAAGAAUAAUGAAAUUAAGGACAAGUUAACACAGGAUUGGGAUGCGUAUGUAGGUUAAAUUCCCAGGCACUAUUCGGAUUAUCAUUGCAAAUAUUUGUCCAGGGGGGCAAUUUGCUGAAAGAGAAGAACAUGUCCCAUUCUGGGUGACAGGGAUUAUCCGUCGUACUUUAUCCUGAGUGUAAAAAUGCAUAUAAUGAUAAAGGUAAACGGCAAGAAAAGGUGUCCCGGGCAUUUCAUUUCAUACAUUUGCACUUUGACAGAGCAGCUGCAUUGAAAAUACUGCACACGUAAGGCUCAGUUUGCAAUAUGAUAUAAAUACACUGUAUCCUACCUACCAAGAGCCGUUUCUCAUAUUUUGGUAGCUUUAUUUCACUAUACAAGAGCAAAAUAUGAGAAACGGUAUGACGUAGCUACCGCAAACUAUGAACACAAAUAAUAAACAAGACUGUUAAAUCCAAUCAAAUGAUUGUCUUUGAUUGUGGAUAGUCUCCCACUGGGGCUUGAGAAUGUGCAGGUGUACCUAAUGAAGUGUCCCACUGAGUGCACAUAUUAUACUGCCUUAUGGGUCGAUAUACAAAUCAUGUGAAUGCAUUUCAAAAUUGUACUUUCUCAAAGUGAAUAAAACGCACACCCAGAUUGUUUAGACCAAAAAAAAACAAGACCUAAAAAAAGAUUUAUUUUAGUAAUUCAAUUCAAGCUGGUUUAUAUAUAUGGUCAACACUCAAAUCCUCACUUAUUUGUCACUAAGGCCAUCUUAAUAAUUGGUCAUGUUUUUGUUUAUAAACAUAUUUGAAAAACCAUCAGCUGUCAGUAUGGGUAGCAAAGCAAAUAUAUGAAUUGGAUGCUGGAAACUUGUAUUUCUUAUUUUUAGCGUGGCUCCUUUGUAAUAUUCUGAUGCCUUUUUUAAGAAUAUACAGCAGCUGAAUAAAAACAAACAAAGAAAACAUAGUUUUCCCCCCGGACCGAGCUUUGGACACCUCUGUUGUAGGACCACAUAAACAAUGUUUUGGGACAUUAAGGCUUGAGUACACACAUUAUUUUUGUGAAUAUGGGGAUGAAAUACAUGGGCACUGAGCUGCUUUUUAUCUGAAGGCA